AUGAAGCCCCUAUCGGUCUUCCUGCCCUGUGCAGCACUCGCACAUUAUGUCGCUGCUCAAGGCGCAUACCUCUUCACCAUCGACCGCUCCAUCGCCGCCCCUUCGACUGGCAUGAUCGAUUCAGAAAUGGCCAGCGCUGUUAUCGCGAGAAGAAGAGCCCUUACUGCGGAUCGAUACCUCGGGAUCACAGACUCAAUGCUUCUUGAAGAUCUCAAUACCUAUGGCGGAUACCAAGCACCCCUGUUUGGAGAGAGCCAUCCCAAAGAUGCGCCAGGAAAGCUAUUCAUCAGAAUAACGGGGGUGGAUAUGCAGAUCAGUGACUUUGAUAUGGCCAUGCCUGAUCUAUGGAUCUCGGAUCCGACAAAAGACCUGCUCAGUGACUUCAAGGCGGUAUCUGACGGAAGCCGAAAAGAGAAAGACGGGCUCUGCGAGUAUGCAGUUCCGCCGUCUCGCAAUGCUCCCCAAAGCAAGGGUGUCGAGGUGGUCUUCACCUAUCCAGCCGAAAAUGGAAGAUGCCUGGCGGCCUCAGAGAUCCCAAAUAUCCCAAUCAUUCUCUCCCUCCAUAGCUUUCUGCCCACGGACCCGUCGGGUGUCAAAACCCAGCUGAACGGCCUGGUGCGCAUCCUGAAGCACUUCUCCGCCACAGACAACGUCGAAUCCACCAUUCUCCUGCUUCCCUCCGCGAAGAAACUGAAGAAUCCCAAGAAGAAAAAUGCCAACAACCACAAGCACGUUGCCCGCUCCGCACAAACGUCCGAAGAGGAACGCCUGGACCUGCCAUCUACGUCGCCCACCCCAUCCUCCGUCUCUGGAUUUGACACAAUCACACCGGCCAACACUUCCUCAAACUUCACCCUUCCCUCUGUGAUCCCCGCCUGUUUUGCUUCACAGUCCGCGUGCGAGAACACCACAAACUCGUGCUCCGGCCACGGCUCCUGCUACAAAGCCCACACCAAUUGCUUCAAGUGCCGCUGCACGUCUACUCUUGUCCGGAUCAACGAAGACGGGACCAAGAAGACGGUGACAUGGGGCGGAAACGCGUGUCAAAAGAAAGACAUCUCCGUGCCUUUCGUCAUGUUCGCUACCUUCGGCGUGGUUAUGACUGCAUUGGUAGCCGGGGCCAUCGGAAUGCUCUACAGCAUGGGUUCGCAAGAACUACCCAGUGUGAUUGGGGCUGGUGUCGCGGGGCCCAGGGCCGCGAAGUAG